AUGUUUAGUGAGCACAAGAAAAAACAGGAGGAAGCGAAGGUGAGUGGCAGCUGAAGAUGCGGCCAAAAGAGCCGGAGCCAUACAUUUUGCAGAAGAAGGAUAAGAACGGUGACCUGAUCUUUGACGAUUUGAACGCGAAGACGAGCAAUAUGAAGAUGGCGGAGGAAAGGAGCCAAAAGGAGCCAAGUGAGUUGCUCGCCAGAAAGGGCUCUCACCAUAAAAAGACGAAUCUGACAGAGUACAUGUCGGAGAUGGAGGCCAAAAAUCCGGUGAGUGAUUGAGAUUAGAAGUAGAGCGUAUUUGGACUAGAAACGACAUUUUAGAAGAGGAAAUCUAUCAAGAAAAUCGAGCAGAAGGCGUCGACAAUGUCGUUGAAUCUGAGCAAGAACGGAGAGAAGGAGAAGGAAUCGGUCUCCUCGCAAAGGAGCAACAGCCUCGAGGCGCCUGCGCUCACCGGAGCUCCCAGUCAGAAUGUGGGACUCAGCAUUUUCGAGGCCGCCACUAUGAUGUGCAAUAUCGGUAAGCGUUUCGGAAAAUGGGUCCAAUCAAAAGCCCCCUUUUCAGUGGACAUUACCACCGAUUCGACGACAAAAAACGGAAAGAUCGACAAGACGAAGGUAUUAAAAUCGAAAGAGAGCAAGACUUCGCUGGGCUCGGCAAGCGGUCCGUUCGCUCAGAUGAAGGAAGCACAGGAGCAGAAGAGAAAGAGCAAGCAGAGUUUCGAAUUGGAAGACGACGACAGCGAUAGUUGA